AUGGCGGAGCUCGCGUCAGGCGCCGUGAGCUCGCUGCUGGGCGUCAUCCGCAACGAGGCGCUGCUGCUGGGCCGCGUCCGGCACGACGUGCAGUUCAUCCAGGAGGAGAUGGAGAGCAUGCAGAGCUUCUUGACCCACCUGUCAAAGAAGGCACCCGCCGGUGGCGAGCACGACGAGCAGAUUCGCACGUGGAUGAACCAGGUCCGGCUGCUCGCCCAGGACAGCAACAACUGCAUCGAUCUGUAUCUGUACCGCGGCAACCCCGAGAUCCAUCUAGCCAGGGGCGGCCUCCGGCGGUACAUCGCGUGGCUUCCCUGGUACGGUGUUGAGGUCCCAGCGAAAGGGGCGGGAGUGGGGCAGUCGCCUGCAGGGGCUGGUCCCACGCUGGCAGCGAUUGGUUCGCCAGUUGUGCAUGUAGCCACAACAUCUAAUGCUUCAGGAGGUGAAGAGGAUGACAGUGACGAUCAAGACGUCAUGGCGUUGGUGGUGACAGAUCGCUCUCAUCCAAGAGGGGCGUGUUUUGAGCCUCGUACGCCAGAGGAGAACGUUAGGGUGAAGCUAGCGGAAUGGAUACAGAAUGUUGCACAAUGCAACACUGUUAAGGGGGGAUCAGUACCAUCCGUGGCCAUUGUGGCACCGGAUAAGAAUGAAACCCUUGCUAUUGCAAAGGAAGCUUCAGCCAUGUGGAAAAAAUGCAAUGUCUUGGUCGACAUCCCAGCGGUACACUUCUAUUCUCGUGCCCUAAGAACUGAGGAUAUCUUGUACUAUAUACUGCGAGAACUUCAGCUCGCAAAAUCCCAACCCCAGCAGCAGGAAGUUCAAGGUGGGGGGGAUGAGGAUAUCAACAAAACAAAAAGGGAAAUUCUCUCCCAAAAAGGGGAGGUUGUGAGAGAAAUCACAAAAAUUAUCCAAGGAAUGAAGGUUAACAAGAAGAUUUCAGAAAUCAAGAGCACUCUUCAAAACAUGAAGGACAACCAGCCGCAACUCAAUUUGACAGAAAUGAGUAAGGAUGAGCUGGGCCUGCUGGAAUCCGCAAAAGAUGAACCCUUGGGCAUAUUCCUCCGAGCAUUGUGGCUGCUAAAGCUCAAGCCAGCUAAAGGUGCUCCUGCACACAAACAAGUCCAAGAAAGGAAGGGAGAGACACGUUCACGCGACGAUGUCAUUAAAGAAACAGCUAAGAUGCUUAAAAAGCAUAUGGAAAUACACGCAGAAGAUGAAAAAGAAGAACCACACACAAAGCAGAUUCUUCUCAAGGAAGCCCAGUAUGAAGACCUCUUACGUGAAGUGUUCCCCCCCGUGACCAUCAGGAAGGACCCGCAGAACCAGGAGGAAGACUCCAAGCAAGCCACAGCCAUCAACACCACCGCUGGCACUACAAUUAUAUUGGUCGAGGACCAAUUCAAAGAUAUGAUCCGCAAGAUACUGCAGGAGCUGCAGGAAGACAAAUCCAUGAAGAACAAGAAAUUAGAUACAACUGAGCUGCGGGAAGACAUAUCUCUGAAGGACAAAAAAAUAGAUACAACUGAGCUGCAGGAAGACAAAUCAGAGAAGAAACUAGAUACAACUGAGCUGCAAGAAGUAAAAUCCAUGAAGAAACCAAGUCAAGAUUUUAUACUGGAUGCUCUUAUUGAAGAAACCAUGGAGAGGUUUUGGGAAAUCGAGUGGGAGAUGAAUCAACAGCUCGUCAUCAAAGGGAUCAUGGACAAAAUUAGGGAUUGUUUUGAUAGAAAAGGUGAUGAGAUAAUCCUAGUUAUCCUCAAACUCGAUUAUGACUGGGUAUCCGGAUGGGAGGAGACCAAAAAGGCUUUCAGCAUUUUUGGUUGCAUAGCCGGUGCACUGAUGUUGACCUUUGAAGAAAACAGAACACGAGCAAAAGGAUAUUGUUGUCCGUCGCGGGAGCCUAUAGACUAUUCUGUUCUUGGGCUCUACCAUGAUAUCACACUCGAGCUUACAAACCAGCAGAUGAAUAAAGAGAGCGCCCAGAUUUUUCUCGGCAUCUUGGAGAACUGUCACCAACAUGAAUUCUGCAUGAAGAUCUUCGUUCAUGCUUUGUAUGCCAACCCCAAGAGGAGUGAUGAAGAACUAAGCAAGUUGCACAGAACCUUGCAGAAGGUUACAGACAAAUCAUUGGACAAAAUUGCUAAGAAGAUACUCAAGUUCUCUUAUAGUGAUAUGCCUAAAGAAUACAAGUCUUGUUUGAUGUACCUAGCAAUUUUCCCUAGACGACAACCCAUCAGGCGGUCAACCUUGAUAGGACGGUGGGUUGUCGAAGGGCUGAUAACCAAGGAAGACUGGGCCAGUUCUGUGCGUCAUGCCAGUCGAUGUUUUGAUGCGUUGAUCAAUCGGUGGCUUGUUUAUCCUGCCGAUAUUGGGGCUACAGGAAAGAUGAAGAGUUGUGUGAUAGGUGAUCUUGUUCAUGAAUUCAUUACCAAGAUCGCUAGAAAGCGGCGCAUUGUGGAAACACGCCUGUCACAUCACUUGGCUCUCCGCUUCUCCAUUUUCAAUGACCUCCGACUCCGUGGCUCGGAUAAAAUAGAUAGAUUCUUCGAAAAGCUCCAUGAAGAAUCAUCUCGAGUAUCCCUGAUCAAGGUGCUAGAUCUCCAAGAUUGCCAGUGCUUUGGACGGAAGAAUCAAAUCUACCUCAGGGACAUAUGCAGCAAGAUGUUACUGCUCAAGUAUCUGAGCCUAAGGGGAACAGAUGUUACCCAGCUGCCGACUGAAAUCAAUAACCUCCGUGAGCUAGAAGUAUUGGAUAUCCGAGAAACAUAUGUGCCACCAUCUGCAACAGUAAAUGUCUUACUCCUGAAGUUGAAGCGUUUGCUGGCUGGUCGCAUUGUUCCAAGUUCGGGGGUAAGUAGUACUGAACUAUUUAGUGUUGAGAUCCCUGAUAAGGUCGAAAAAAUGGUAAACAUGGAGGUAUUGUCCAAUGUCAAGGCACGGACGAGACAAGAUAUGAAAGAUAUUGGAAAGUUGUGGCAGCUCAGGAAGCUUGGUGUGGUUAUUCAAUACAAGGAGCCACACCUCAGGAAUUUUCUUCGAGCUAUCAGUGAUCUGCAUGAGUGCCUGAAGUCUCUGUCAAUCACUCUUCCCAAUAUAGAGGACAACAAAGAGAUCAGAGAUUGGGUUCUUGAACACUAUAAAAACUCUCCCAAGCUUCUCGAGAGCCUAAGCAUUACUGGAACCACACAAACAGUGCAACUUCUUCGGUUGUUGACCAGAGAUAUUGACCAACUCCAACUUCGCAAGGUAACUCUAUCUGGUACCCGGCUGUAUCAGCCUGAUCUGAAGGUCCUUGGCAAGCUUCCCAAAUUAAUAUGUCUCAGGCUCCGAGAUAACGCAUACAUCGAUAGCAACCUCACCUUCAACAAUGAU